UAUCUGGAAAAAGCAAAAUGCGUGCUUCAAUCAUUAUCGUUCUGGUUGCUCUGGCUGCUAUCGCCGCUGUUGAUGCUCAAAGAUUUGGACGUCGUCAGGGUCGUCAAGGUGGACAGCAAGGAGGUCCCCAAGGCGGUCCCCAGGGAGGUCCCCAAGGCGGUCCUCAAGGAGGUCCUCAAGGAGGUCCACAAGGAGGUCCUCAGGGAGGUCCCCAGGGAGGUCCUCAGGGCGGUCCAUGGGGUCCAUGGGGUCCCAACAACAGUUCCAGCACUAGCACCACCACCAGCACUACGGAAUCCAGCUCUGACAGCACAACCACAACCGAAGCCUCAACCUCAACCACAACUGUGGCUUCAGAUGAGAGUACCACAGUUGCUGCCUAAUUUGAUAGCAAUUCUUCUUUCAACAUUAAUUUUUUCCCAAACAAAUUGUAAAUUUACCAAAGUAAAUGUAUAUAAAUAAAUCCCGUUUAUAAAUACAAACAUAGUAUAUUUU